GAGUAGAGUCUCCAGGGUAGGAGCCUAGGAGGAGCCUGGCUAGAGCGGCAAGCUGGAGGAGUGGAGCUGGGCGCAAAGGUGGCCUUUCAGGUAGCUAGAGAGACUCGGCGGCGGGGUGGGGAAGUCCGGAGCCCACGAACGGAGGCUUCGGUUCUGGCGGCUGCAGUGGCUUCUCUUCCCACCGGAGCAGCCCUGCGGAGCCCUGGAGAUGGAAGACGUCGCCCCUCGGGCGGCCUCAGGGCUCCCCCGGCCCGGCCUGGUGCCCGUCAGCAUCAUCGGGGCUGAGGACGAGGAUUUUGAGAAUGAGCUGGAGGCGCCCUCAGAGGAGCAAAGCAGCCAGUUCCAGAACGUGGAGCAGGUGAAGCGGCGCCCGGCUCACCUCAUGGCCCUCCUGCAGCAUGUGGCCCUGCAGUUUGAGCCAGCACCCCUGCUCUGCUGCCUGCACGCAGACAUGCUGUGCUCCCUGGGCCCCAAGGAGGCCAAGAAGGCUUUUGUUGACUUCUACCACAGCUUCCUGGACAAGACUGCGGUCCUGCGGGUACCAGUCCCUCCCAGCGUUGCCUUUGAACUCGACCGCACACGGCCUGACCUCCUCUCUGAGGACAUCCAGCGGCGGUUCGUGCAGGAGGUGGUGCAGUUCCAGCAGGCAACGGUGGGCCGGCAGCUGGAGGACUUCCGCUCCAAGCGGCUCAUGGGCAUGACUCUCUGGGAGCAGGAGCUGUCCCAGCUAGAGGCCUGGGUCGGGCGUGACAGAGCCAGCUACGAGGCCCGGGAGCGGCACGUGGCAGAGCGGCUGCUGAGCCACCUGGAGGAGAUGCAACAUACGAUCUCGAGCGAUGAAGACAAGAGUGCUGCUGUGGUCACCGCCAUCAGCCUGUACAUGCGCCACCUUGGGGUCCGGACCAAGAGUGGGGAUAAGAAGUCCGGGAGGAAUUUCUUCCGGAAAAAGGUGAUGGGCAACCGGCGGUCAGAUGAGCCUCCCAAGACCAAGAAAGGACUGAGCAGUAUCCUGGAUGCUGCCCGCUGGAACCGGGGAGAAAACCAGGCUCCAGAUUUUCGACACCUCAAAAGCGAGGUUGAUGCUGAGAAGCCGGGCCCUACAGACCGGAAGGGAGGACUGGGGAUCUCCUCUCGGGACCGGAACCCAGGGACUCCUGGCCCAGACACCUCUGGAGUGUCUCUGCACCCUCUUUCUGGGGACUGCCCAGAACGGGAACCUGGUGUUGAUGCCCCACUGGAACUGGGGGACCCACCCUCACAGGGCCCGAUAAGCCUGGAACCCUUGGUGCCCCCGGAGAGCACAGAAGAGGGUGCUGAGACGGAGAGCCCAGAGCCUGGCGACGAGGGAGAGCCGGGGCGGUCAGGACUGGAGCUGGAGCCAGAGGAGCCCCCUGGCUGGCGGGAGCUCGUCCCUCCGGACACCCUGCUCAGCCUGCCCAAGAGCCAGGUGAAGCGGCAGGAGGUCAUCAGUGAGCUGCUGGUGACAGAGGCGGCCCACGUGCGCAUGCUGCGGGUGCUGCACGACCUCUUCUACCAGCCCAUCGCAGAAGGAGGUUUCUUCCUCCUAGAGGAGCUGCAGAACAUCUUCCCCAGCCUGGACGAGCUCAUCGAGGUGCACUCCCUAUUCCUGGAUCGUCUGAUGAAGCGGAGACAGGAAAGUGGCUACCUCAUUGAGGAGAUUGGAGAUGUACUGCUGGCCCGGUUUGAUGGUGCUGAGGGCUCCUGGUUCCAGAAAAUCUCCUCCCGCUUCUGCAGCCGCCAGUCAUUUGCCUUAGAGCAGCUCAAAGCCAAACAGCGGAAGGACCCUCGCUUCUGUGCCUUUGUGCAGGAAGCUGAGAGCCGCCCGCGGUGCCGCCGCCUGCAGCUGAAGGACAUGAUUCCCACUGAGAUGCAGCGGCUGACCAAGUACCCCUUGCUGCUACAGAGCAUCGGGCAGAACACAGAAGAGCCCAAGGAGCGAGAGAAAGUGGAACAGGCGGCUGAGUGCUGCCGGCUGAUCCUACACCACGUCAACCAAGCCGUGCGUGACACGGAGGACCUGCUGCGGCUCAGGGAUUACCAGCGGCGCCUGGACUUGUCCCACCUCCGGCAGAGCAAUGACCCCAUGCUGAGUGAAUUCAAGAACCUGGACAUCACCAAGAAGAAGUUGGUCCAUGAGGGCCCCCUGACGUGGCGGGUGACCAAGGACAAGGCUGUAGAGGUCCACGUGCUGCUGUUGGACGACCUGCUGCUGCUGCUCCAGCGCCAAGAUGAACGGCUGCUGCUCAAGUCACACAGCCGGACGCUGACGCCCACACCCGACGGCAAGACCAUGCUGCGGCCGGUGCUGCGGCUCACUUCUGCCAUGACCCGGGAGGUGGCCACCGAUCACAAAGCUUUCUACGUCAUUUUUACCUGGGACCAGGAGGCCCAGAUAUACGAGCUGGUAGCACAGACGGUGUCAGAGCGGAAGAACUGGUGUGCCCUCAUCACUGAGACUGCUGGAUCCCUGAAAGUCCCUGCCCCUGCCUCACGCCCAAAGCCCCGGCCCAGCCCAAGCAGCACCCGAGAACCCUUGCUCAGCAGCUCUGAGAACGGCAACGGUGGCCGAGAGGUGCCUCCAGCCGAUGCCCAGACUGAGAGAAUCCUCAGCGACCUCCUGCCCUUCUGCAGACCAGGCCCCGAGGGGCAGCUCGCUGCCACGGCCCUACGGAAAGUGCUGUCCCUGAAGCAGCUCCUGUUGCCCACGGAGGAAGACAGCGGGGCGGGGCCUCCCCGUGAAGGGGAUGGGGUACCAGGUGGUGGCCCCUUGGGCCCUGCGCAGAUCCAGGAAAUUCAGGAGAACCUGCUCAGCCUGGAGGAGGCCGUAAAGCAGCUGGAGGAGUUGGAGGAGGAAUUCUGCCGCCUGCGGCCCCUCCUGGCUCAGCUUGGGGGGAACCCUGUCCCCCAGCCUGGCUGCACAUGAGGCUGCUGCCUGUGCAGGCCUUCCCAAAGGAAGAGACGAACAGGGGAGAGGACGUGAGGGGGCCCCCCACCCCCACCGCUGCAGCAGCAUCUCACACCCCAAGGGCCUGAAGAGAGGGAGCCAGGCUGCCGGGCCGCUGCGGUCCCUGCCUCCUGCACCAGCCUCACCCGGCCUGCUCUCCCUCCUGCCUUCUGCUUGGGGGACUCAGGGCUUCAUCGCAGGGGUUCCACCACGACCCCCAUCUCCCUGGCCAUCUCAGUAUUGCUUGUGGGGGCCACCCCUCCAUCCCCUACCCCAAGUGCCUUUGCUGUUUUUAUACCCUGAAUUGGAGGUUUAUUUUUUAAUAUAUAUUAUCUAAGGAGA